AUGCAAGAUUUAUGGAAGCUGGGCAUAGGAUGGGAUGAGCAGCUGCCAACUGACGUAACUAAGCGCUGGCUUAAUUACGUUGAUGAUCUCCCGCGACUAACGGCAAUCAAGAUAGAUAGACAUAUGCUGCUACCAGAACAGACCGAAUGUGAAUUGGUCGCCUUUUGCGAUGCAAGCUCUCGCGGUUAUGCUAGUUGUGUGUAUGUGAUCAGUCGUAACGAUAGAGGUCAAACUAAAGUACGCCUGGUGACGGCAAAAUCUAAAGUAGCCCCCGUCAAACCAUUAACUAUCCCGAGGUUGGAAUUAAUGGCUUUUCAGUGGCUAAAAGAUGAAGUCAAUGCCGCAUUACGCAAAAAGCAAAAGGUUUAUAAAGAUUUGAUUCAAUUAGCAGAUCAUUUAGCCGUUCCAGCAAUGUGUGAUGAAGAACGACGCUAUGCGCGUACCAUCGCUAGCCGGCACAUUGCCCACGUCUACAAAUGUACCGAGGAAGCGAGGAAUUCAAUUUCUAAAAUGGGAAAGUAUGCUGAAGAAAUGAUAGCCAUUACACGUAAUCAUAUGCAAAUGGCGAUGGAAAACGCUACAAGAAGAAUCGCUUUAAAAGAACAAUAUGGAAUUGAAAUAGAAAAAACAAAUGAAAGCGCUUGCCUCAAAGAUCUGUCUAAAGCGGCGGUCUCUCUUGGGUACGAGUUGGAUCUAAGUUUAACAAACGCUCGUCGUCACAACGAACAAUCUUGUGAGAAACUUUUUGUUUGCUGUACAAGGGCUCGAAAGACCACUGAUGAAUCCGUGGCCGCUUUGAGAGAUAAUCUGUAUCAGUGUGUAUAUGCCUAG